UCUCAGAGCUGCAGGAGACCAGUGAGGAGGACACACACAAGGAAAGGUGCCUGGCCAGGGAUGGUGGAGCCAAAGCCACGCAAUGAGGAUAUCUUCAAGGAAAGGUGAUAAUCAGAGCCUGGAGGGGGAAACAGGCUGUCCAUGCAGCAGGAUGAGUGAUGUGGGAAGUCAGAGUCCAAGUGAAGUGUCCCUGUGAAGGGGGGCUGGCAAUGAAGAACAUUCUACAAAAUAAGUGGACUACAAUCUUCAGAAGUAUCAAUGUCAUGAAAAUCAAGGAAAAAAUGGAGGGGUCUCUUGGGUUUGUGGGGUUUUCCACCCUUUCAGCCACUGGCAGCCUGGGAUCUUGUCCUGCCACAAGCCAGUAUCAGACAACCAGCCACAAUUCUGAACAGGCAGGAAGAUAUCCAAAAACUCUCCAAGGAGUGCACAGACCUGUGGAGAAAGAAGGUGAUAUUUGUCUGAUGGAGCCUCAUCUCAGGGACAGUCUCUCCAUUUGGAUGCUAAUCAAGAAAAACAGGGAACAGAUGUUCAGUCUGGAGUCAGAAGUCCCAGCACAUCAACUCAGGAGCUGUGUGAUCUUGGGCAAGUCAUUUAACCUUAAGACCAACUCUGAAGGAAAAAUCCUGUCAUAUCUGCAUGUGCCAGCAGAGGGCGGGACAUCCCUGCAGGUGGGAACAAAGUUGGCUCACCAGCUAGGGGUCUUCCCUUGGUCCAUCUCCAUUACUGGGCCAGUUCUGCAGACUUCCCCUUAUGCACCCACACCCCCUGAUGAGGUGCCCCCACCUGAGGAGGUUGCACAGAGUCCUGGGCCUGAACAUCUGGCCGGGGCUGUUCUAGGGGCCAUAGACUUGGAAGAUCUGUCCUGGAGAUCCACCUGCAGGCUACAGGUCACCUCUGGAAAAGGUGCUCCAGAGAAAAUUUAG